UUCGUUAACCACUGAGCCACCACUGGAACUCAUCAUUUUUUUUUAGAUCAUUGUUUCUGGAAGUGCAUGGGGAGCACUUGCGGGUCAUGUGACUAGGCUCCACCCCCAGAGCUUCAGUAGAUUUGGGGUGGAGCCUGAGAAUCUGCCUUUCUUACAACCUCCCAGGUCCUGUUGAUGCUGCUGGUCCAGGGUCCACACUUUGCAAACCACUGCUUUAGAGAACCCAAGGGUUUAUCACACUUUCCCCCAUUACAGACCAUGCCCCAACAACUUGAGAUGCAACUUCCCCAGGGCACGCAGGCCCCUCCUUUUCCUGUAUCUCCCACCAGAUACCUGAAGCUGCAUGCGUGGUAACCGCCUGACUGGCAGCAUCUUAGACUCAAAACAUACCUUGUUCCAGAGAAUUUAUGAAGGAUGCAAGUAGGGCAAGGAGCCAGUCACACUCCCCUCUCCCCCUACAUGUGGGAGCCAGUUAUGGGUCUGAGGUCCAGGUCCUUGAAAACAAUGUGACAUUCUACCUCCAAUAUCCAUAUCCUAGCUCCCCAGAGCACUAGUAUCAGAAUCACCUAAGGGGUUUAGAUUCUCGGGCCCACCCUUGGUAAUUCUGGGAAUCAGCCAGUCAAUAUCCCUUUGAAUAAGCCCACUAUAUGUUCUCAAAGUGUGGUCCUUGGACCAGCAUCAUUACCACCAGCAGCUUGUUAGAAAGCCAAUUUCUCGGCCAGGACCCCAGACCUAGUGAUUCUGAACCUCUGGGGUUGGGCCCAGCCACUUAGGUUUUAACAAGCCCUCUUGGUGAUUCUGUUGCAUGCUAAAGUUUGAGAACACUUUGUUUAAAUUUUCUGCCCCCCACCAAGUUUAAUGUCUCCGGAUUUGGAUUGUUUUCCACUUAAGAUUCUACGAAAAGCACACACACCCCUCCCUGGGCCUUCCCGUAGGACAUUUGUAUCCAACAAGGGAGGUUGAGAGUGAACCCUUGUUGAAUUUGGUCAUCUGUAUGAGGGCCAGUCCCGCUUCAUCUAGCCGGGCAGGGUCCCUGAGGAGGUCGACGUAGCACUUGGAAGCCCAGCUCCCUGGCUCCCCAGCUCCCUACCUCCAGGACAGGUGAUGUUCUGGACCGGCUUUUCGGAGAGUACUCCGCUGGCCGGCGGCCCUCCCCGCCCUCCUGCGUAAACACGCGGUUCCCUGGGCAACGCCUGGAACGCAUGUCAAAGGCUUCACUAGGUCCCGGGCGACCGCCACCCCUCUGGCCAGCGCGACUCCCGGCAGAGGUCUCGGGCUGGUGGCCGCCGGCCCUGGUGCGGGAUGAUUAGACGCGCGGCAGCCGCGGGGCCCCAUGGAGGAGCCGUCGCCGCCGCCGGUCCGCCCGCUAGUGACCACGGCCUUGUCGGGCAGCCCACGCCCCGCCGCCCUCUCCGUGGCCGGCAGGCCUGGAGGGACUUCCUCCGCGGCGACGGCGGCGGCCUUGCUCUCCUUCAGCACUGCGGCGGCCGCGGCGCUGGGGAACCAGAGCGUCGGGGGCGGGGGCGACAGUACUGGCUCCUGGGCAGGCGGCGGCCUCGGCGGGCGCGGGGCGGCGGGGACGGUGGGGAGGCUGCCGCUGGACACCGAGGCGGCGCCGCCGCUGUCGCAGGGGGCGGCGAUGGCGGCCCAGGCGCUCGUCCUCCUGCUCAUCUUCCUGCUGUCUAGCCUGGGCAACUGCGCGGUGAUGGGGGUGAUCGUGAAGCACCGGCAGCUCCGCACUGUCACCAACGCCUUCAUCCUGUCCCUGUCCCUGUCGGAUCUACUAACAGCGCUGCUCUGCCUGCCUGCCGCCUUCCUGGACCUUUUCACGCCGCCCGGGGGCCCGGCGCCCGCUGAUGCCGCCUCCCGGCCCUGGCACGGCUUCUGCACAGCCAGCCGCUUUUUCAGCUCGUGUUUCGGCAUCGUGUCCACGCUAAGCGUUGCCCUCAUCUCGCUGGACCGCUACUGCGCCAUCGUGCGGCCACCGCGAGACAAGAUCGGGCGCCGCCGCGCGCUGCAGCUGCUGGCGGGCGCCUGGCUGGCGGCCCUGGGCUUCUCCCUGCCCUGGGAGCUUUUCCUCGGGCCUCUAGAGCCCCCGGCCGCGCAGAGCUUCCAUGGCUGCCUGUACCGGGCGUCCCCGGACCCCGCGCAGCUGGGCGCGGCCUACAGCGUGGGGCUGGUGGUGGCCUGCUACCUGUUGCCCUUCCUGCUCAUGUGCUUCUGCCACUACCACAUCUGCAGGACCGUGCGCCUGUGGGAUGUGCGCGUGCGGCCGCUGACCACCUACGCCCGCGUGUUGCGCUUCUUCAGCGACGUGCGCACGGCCACCACCGUGCUCAUCAUGAUUGUCUUCGUCAUCGGUUGCUGGGGGCCCUACUGCUUCCUGGUGCUGCUGGCCGCCGCCCGGCAGGCCCAGGCCACGCAGGCUCCCUCGUUCCUCAACGUGGUGGCCGUCUGGCUGACCUGGGCCAAUGGGGCCAUUAACCCAGUCAUCUAUGCCGUUCGCAACCCUAACAUUUCGAUGCUCCUGGGGCGCAGUCGUGAAGAGGGCUACCGGACUAGGAACGUGGACACUUUCCUGCCCAACCAUGGCCGGGCUCUGCAGGCCAGAAGCCGCAAUCGUUUUCGAAACCGUUAUACCAGCCGCCUGGGGGUCUGCAGCUGGAUGUCUUCUUCCAACCCGCCGAGCGGCGCGGGAGGGGACGUGGCCAUGUGGGCUUGCAAAAAUCCAGUCGUACUUUUCUGCCAGGAGGGGCCGCCAGAGCCUGCAAGAGCCGCGGCCAAACAGCCUAAAUCCGAAGCCAGGGAUACCAGCCUCUAAGAAGCGUUGGGAUGCGCAGCUCGUGAAGGCAAAUUGUCACCAGCGUCAUAUGACACAGGAUUCCAGGGAGAAUCGUGUAUUUCGUAAAGCCAAACAUUUAAGAAAGAGACCUAGGGGAGAGGUUUACCAAGACAGUGACCCUUCCUUCAGAAGUGCCAAAAGCAAUGUAAAAUGCAAAAAUUAAAACUAUAUUAAACCACACAACCAAGCGAUGUGAACUGUAAGUGCCAAAAAUGACAAAAAUAAAAUUCACAAUUAUUGAGAA